AGAUAUUAAGGAGAGCUGCAAGUGUAUUGAUCCGGCCCUUAACAACUGUCAAAGUUUCUCAUGUGGCCCCAUAGGAAACUUAAUUGCCCACCCCUGUUUUAAUGUGUUGUACAUUUAUUAUUCUACUUCUGUGUUUUCAUUAUGAUGCUUAUUUGUAACCUGCUGAGGAAUAGGAAUGCAAAUGAGCAUGUUAGCAUAUUUCCAUCUGCUAUUCUGUCAAUACAGAUAUUCAUUAAUGUGUGCUGUCUCUACCAAGUAAACUAAUAAAUAAAAUUAAAAUAUACAUUUCUCACAGAGGUUAAAGAAAUCAGAACCCAGAUGAAGAUAGAGGGCACUGAUAACACCAGUCUACAAUUUUUUUUUUUUUAGAAAUUAUCUGCUUCAGAGAUUAAAUGUGCUAAAUGUUACGUAUUUUAAUAAUAUUAAUUGGGAAACAAAUGACGAAAGUGCUGGUUUGCUGAUGUUUUCAAGGCAUAUGAUAAAGUGCCAUUAUGGGUUUAUGUACAUUUAUACAGUAGAUUUAUAAAUCUUCCGCUAGAUAGAAUCUGUAAAGUGAAUGUAUUGUAAUGUGCAGACAGUAUCUGGUAGCUCUCAGAUGAAUAUUACUUUUGAGUGAAACCCAUUUUCUCAUUGACUCUCAAAUUUCACAUUUUGACCCAAGACUGUUUCUUGGAAACUUUAGCCAUCCAGCAUUUUUUACUUGAGUUUUCUUCAUCAGUGACCCACAUUUCACUACUUUCAUUUCUGGAAGCAGUUUACUUGUAGACCAGUAUAGGCAGAAACCGCAUCGAGAGCGUUACCAAAAUUUGAUAAGCUAUUUCCUAGAAGAAGAGGAUUAACGCUUCUAGUGUAAGUGGGUGUUUUAAAGUCACACCAAAACCCUGUUCAGUUUCAUUUUCCACUAGCAAGAUAUAUUUGGCAACAGUAAAGCAGUGCUUCACUAAAAUUCAGCAGUUAGUCAUUCUGAAAAGGAAAUCUGGCUGUCAUAAGUGUCUAGCAGCAUGAAGGUGAAAGAAACCCUUCUGGUGCCUGUACUUUGCCUCUUUACAUUAUUCACAGGCAUGUGUCCCGUGAAGCCAGAUGAAAUAUACAUCAAAUCAGGUGAGAUGGUGGCGUUGCAUUGUGAUCAUGAAAGCCACAAUGUGACCUGGAGCAGUUACACGACCCAGGGGAAAACUCAGAGCAGCAGCCUGUCAUCCUCAGAGCAGAACCGGAUGGGUAUUCUGAUUCACCGCAGCAGCUUUAUAAUUCUCAACGCCUCUGUAAUCCACCAGGGGAAUUACUCCUGUUCUCUGGGUAAUACCAUCAUCAAGUCCUUCAGGCUGGCUGUAUACUCAGCAAGGUUCGGUGAAUACAAGGAGGGGACGGAGUACCCUGUCACAUGUUACAUGCAUGAGUCCUGCACACUGACAUGUCCUGGUAACUACAUCCCUGAUGGAAAUAUCCCAAAUAUUACCAGCAAUGGUAUAAUAUGGCAAAAGGGUGACGGUAGAAGGGUGUCAGUAGAAGAGCAUUACUCAUUGUCGUGUGUGCACGACAGAGAUCAAGGUGUUUACAUCUGCACCAGGUCCUACCUCUAUCAAGGUCAAAUAUAUAACAUGACAUCCACAAGGAAACUGACUGUCAAACCAGAAGAGCCUGAACAAAGUCCAGUAAUUUUGUUUCCUCGUGAUAAAGACGUAUUCUAUGUAGAUUUGGGCUCUCCACUGGAGGUGAACUGCACGGCUGAUCAGUGUUCAGAAUUUGACAGUGUGUACUGGUUAAGUGUGGAUGAGAAUAAGAACUCACGAGUCUUCUUCUAUGCUACAGAGGAAAACACAAGCGGCCAAAAACUACGCAUGACAGCAUCUCUAGUCUUCAAGAAGGUAUUAGAGGAGGAUCUGUUUAAAAACUUCUCUUGCAAGUUGGAUUCUACAACACAGAAGUCAAGCGUGGUCACAAUUACUCUGGCCCGGAAAGCUCGUCGUUCCUACGUCCCUUUGGCCGUCAGCAUUGUAGUCACUGUGCUAACUAUGGCUUUAACAGUGGUUAUCUAUAUAAAGUAUAAAAUCUCCCUCACUCUUUUCAUCAGAGAUACGCUUGGCUGCCAUCGAAGCAUUUCAGAUGGAAAGAGCUACGAUGGCUAUUUGAUGUGUUACAAGAGUGAUACAGAUGCAGGACUCAACACUUCUGAAAGAAAAUGGCUAGAGGAUGUUUUGGAGGACAGGUUUGGAUACAAUCUCUGUCUCAACGAUCGUGAUGUGCUGCCAGGACAAGCUAUUGCAGAGACGGUGCUGGACUGCGUAGAGCAGAGUCGUACGGUGAUUUUGGUUCCCACCUCCCCAGACCCUGGGCUGGAGUCCGGCCUGCUAACUGCCAUCCAUGAAGCCCUUGUGGAGCGGCAGACUCGUUUAGUUUUAAUCAGAACUGAAGCAACAGAGGGUGUGAGGUCAGGGUCAUUAGGAGAGGUCUUACAUCUUCUUAGUAAUGUAGGACACUGUGUCACCUGGAAGGGCAAAGACUCUGAACCACUAUCCUCCUCCUUCUGGAAGCAGCUCCGGUAUUACCUUCCUCCUGCACAGCAUUCACAAAAAAUUCACCUUUUACCUCAGACUGUGUAGGAUAUCCUGAUAUCUUCAGUGUUUAAAUUUUAAAGUUAAUCAAUCAGUCAAUCAAUCAAUAAAAUUUUAUUCAUAUAGCGCCACAUCACAACAAGUAAUCUCAUGAUACGUUACAUUAAGAGCUGGUCUAAACCAGACUAUUAUCCAUAAAGACCCAAACAUCCACCAAUAAUCAAAACCAUCUACUGAUCUAAACUUUUUAAUACCUUUGGAUCCACUAAUC